ACGGAGAAGAGGGCUGUACGCGUCGCCACAGACAGGACGGCUGCGGCUACAAACAAACCGCGGUCUGCAGGCUGGUGUACACCACCGGACACAAAAACGAGCCACUUCUCCGGACAGAUCUGAAUGAACUGAACGUUUCUGGGGUGUUCUUUGAAUGCGUGGGUGGGUCGGUUGUGUGGAUUGGCUGGGUUCGCUGUAACGGCAAAGAAGCAUGCCCGUCUCUCUGUGGAUGUACUGGGGGAUCUAGCCGAGGGAUGGCCGCGGACGUGAGGAAAAGGGGGAGUCCAGAGAAGGAUGCCCUUGCCUCGGAUGGCGAACAUGUGGAAAACGCGCCCGGGGAAGACGGACUCCAGUCCCAAGGGUCCGCCCGGUCGCGGUUUUGCGGACUGCUCCCCAAACUGCUAAUUAUUGCGGCGGUUCCCAUUGUAGCUUUCGCCUACAAAUAUUACCAAGACGGACAGCUUUUGAAGCGACAUGUAAGUGAUGCUAUGAAGUGUAGGUCUCUUAAUGUGGACAUGGAGUGGCUCUAUGCGAGUGAGAGCAGUAACAUGGAGGUGGACAUUGGGUACCUGCCACAGAUGGAGCUGCAGGCCACGGGCCCCUCGGUGCCGUCCUUCGUCCAGGACGAGGAGGGGAACGUCAUCGACAGCAGGGGCGGCGCGGGGGAGGACCCCGUCCAGUUCGUGUUCGAGGAGAUCCAGUGGAAGAGCCAGAUCAGCCGGGAUGAAGCCGCCCGUCGCCUGGAGCUCACCCUGUACCCCUUCAAAAAGGUGGCCUACCUGCCCUUCUCGGAGGCCUUCGGCCAGGCGCAGGUGGAGCGGAAGCUGGUGCACUCCAUCCUGCUGUGGGGCGUGCUGGACGACAGUCCUUGUACCGGUUCCGGGCGGACUCUCCGGGAGACAGUCCUGGAAAGUUCGCCCGUUCUGACUCUGCUCAACCAGAGUUUCAUCAGCAGCUGGGCUCUGGUCAAGGAACUGGAGGACCUGAAGGCUGAUGUCAGUAACCCUGCGCUCAGCAGCAUUGCUGCCCUGCACCUGGAUAAGUACACCUUCCCCGUGGAGAUGGUGCUGUCCCUGCCCAACGGGACCGUGAUCCAUCACAUCAACGCCAACUUCUUGGACCAGACGGCCAUGAAGCCGGAGGAGGAGGACAGUACCAUGUUCAACUGCGGGGGGUUCGAGGACCCCUCCACCGCCACCUACAUCCGCUUCCUCCACGAGGGGCUGGAGAGGGCCAAAGACCACCUGCUGUAGUGGGGAGUGGGGGGGGGGGGGGAGGAGAGAUCUGGCAUGGUCACUCCACUGUGUGUCCCAAAACGCAACCGGGAACAAACCUCUGAACACACUUACAAAAUGUUUUUCUGCAGUAUUUGUUUUAGCAAGGAUUUUUUUAGGAUCCAUUUUAGUUGUUCCACAUGGUUUCCUCCUCUCGAGGGAAUACAUAAUGUCUGUUCCUUAAGUUCCUUUUUUUUUUUUUUUUUUUACAUUGAAGGCUUGGAUUCAAUCAGCAGGUGUCUUUCAAUGUUUUCUAGCAUGGUAAAGCAAGAAGUACCAUUUGUGAAGAUGAACUGUAAGGCGUGUGUUUACCCUCAAUGACAAAUUUAAGGUGAAAUGUUGAUUGAAUACAAGCCAAGCUCUCUCACCUGGAUUGUUUUCUCUUCAGAGAGCAUCUUUUGUGAAGUUUAGUUCCUCGCGGUGAUGCACAGUGGAGAGACUUGGUUCAGAUGUAUUACUGUGUGUCCGUAAAUCGCGGGUGAGGUUAUUGGUGUUAUUUUUUUAGCUGAAAAACGUGCGUUUAAUAUGACUGAAAGUGGUGUGGGAAGUUGUGAAACGUGGUUUACGUUUGUCAGGCUGUUGAUGGACUAACCGUAGAUUCGCCAGCUCGUGCAGUUUUGAGGCCACUGCGUAUCAGCGUAUCAGCGUACAGCUCUGCUAAGGUAGCGGCGUCGUUAGGCUAAUCUCUUACAUAAACCAUAUGCCAAAAAGCAAAGACUGCACUGCGAAAAUAUCAAUCUUUAUAUAUAUUUUGUAUUCUUGUCUCGAGUGCAAUACAUAAGCUCCAGAAAAGCAUUUUUGUUUAUAAAAUGCUUUUCUUGUUUUUCAUGUAAAAAAAACAAACAAAAAAAAGACACUUUUCAAUCAGUGUCACUUAUACACAUUGUCCACUAGGGCAGGGUCGAGGCGAGUGCUGUUUUCUGAGCAUCUGUGGUUUGUGACGGUCUGGUCUGAAAGCACCUGAUUGGGCAAGGCCUGACCUGAUGUCAUCACGGAGUGUCUCUAAAACAGACUUGUGGCCCUAACCAUGUCCCAUGGGCAUGUUUGCACACGCACACGCACACACAUACAAGACUCUCUCUCUCUCUCUCUCUCUCACACACGCGCACACACACACACGCACACACACGCACACAAGACCGUCUCACACACUCACAUACACACACAAGACUGUCACACUCUCUCUCUCACACACACACACACAUGGCAGGGCAGGCACCGUGCAGGUUUUGCUGACGCAUAGAAACGGGUCCAUGUCAGAGCUCAGCAGGCCAUGACUUUGGCUGCAGUAAGGACACAGGUAACCCUUCCCUGUCCGCUAGUUUCAGGGCGAAAAAACGAGGUAAAGGGGUGCGGGGAACCUGCCGCAGCAACACCCACCUGUCCCGCCACUGGCCAGAGAGAAAAGCCAAAAAUAAAGUGUGAUUUCUUUUCAAAAUAAAGAAAA